UUUUCUUUUUAAGAAGUAUGAAAUGAAACAAAGACGUCAAAAACCAAAUAAAUGUGAGAAGAAACCCCAAGUUUGUUAGGAACAGACCCACCUCUCCUUUCUCUCUGCCAUAUCCACCACCACCAUUACCAUUAUUUAAACACCACGCUUUCUCUCUCCUCUCUUCCUUGUUCAUUUUUCUGUGAUUGGUAGUUCAACACAUUCACACUUUCUUGGACUCUUCUUCCUUUUUUUUUUUUUUUUAAUUUAAUACUACUCGUACUAGAUAAAUUAAAGAUUCUAUUUUUUCACAUUAUAUAUAGAGUAUCAUUUCUACCAUUAUAACUUCAUCUUGCUCUUCCCGUUGUCUUCUUAAUAUCACAAUUUUACUUCAUUAAUCUCUUAUUUUCUAUUUUCAUUCCAAUUAUUGAAUACCCAUCUGGGAAUUUUGCUCAUUGUUGAUCUAAAUUUCAAUCAUGGGUGAUGCUAAUGUGGUUGAAGCCAAAGAUGGAACCAUCUCUGUGGCUUCGGCGUUUUCAGGUCACCAAGAAGCUGUACAGGAUAGAGACCACAAAUUCUUGACAAAAGCAGUUGAGGAAGCUUAUAAAGGGGUUGAAUGCGGACAUGGGGGUCCUUUUGGUGCUGUCGUUGUUUGUAAUGACGAAGUAGUUGUCAGCUGUCACAACAUGGUGUUGGAAUAUACAGACCCAACAGCACAUGCAGAGGUUACGGCUGUUAGAGAGGCAUGUAAAAAGCUCAAUCGAAUUGAGCUCGCAGAUUGCGAAAUAUAUGCAUCUUGUGAACCAUGUCCAAUGUGCUUUGGCGCUAUACAUCUUUCAAGAAUCAAGAGGUUAGUGUACGGGGCUAAAGCUGAAGCUGCCAUAGCAAUUGGUUUCGAUGAUUUUAUAGCUGAUGCAUUGAGGGGUACCGGAGUUUAUCAAAAGGCUAGUCUUGAGAUCAAAAAAGCUGACGGCAAUGGAGCUGCCAUUGCCGAGCAAGUAUUUGAGAAUACCAAGGCCAAGUUUGCCAUGUAUUGAAAUCUCCUGUUUCCAAUUUACAAGAAUAAUUACAGCAUUCACUAGAACUUUUGUUUUCUGUACAAAUUAACCCAAGAAAUGUUUCCAUUUAUCCAAAAUGUCAUUUGCUUUCA